AUUAAACGUGGAGCGGCUUCAGGGUAACUCAAUUGGCUACGUCCAUCUGUUACCCGUCACGGAGGUAUUUGGAUGGUUUUAAUAUACGGAGUGACUAACACUAUUGCUGAUUAACCCUUACCCACACAUCCGAAAUAGUCAUCAAUAUGAAUAAUUCUGAAAUACCAUAUUUCCCGAGAGCAAGCUAUGCUGAAAAUGCAAUACCAAAUGUCAACUUGAACGAUUUUUCGCAUAUAAGUUCACUCAAGGAACAAAAUUUAUCGUACAAUAGUAAGGGCUUUUCGGGUGCCCCACAAGCUAAUCAGGGAUUAACAGCAACGAUGAAAGAUCCUUAUCAAUAUCCAAUCCAUUCUAAUACUGUUAAUGUUAUGGAAGGAAGUUGCCCAAAUGAAUCCUUUCAAAAUCCAUCAUCGUUAUCCGAGUCAUUCAAUACUUCUUCAGGAACUCAAUACCAACAGUUGAAUUUCUCGGUUCCACAUCCUGUAUCAACCUCGCCUGUCCAUGGAAUAAAUGGUCUACCUUUUACUACCAACGAUAGGAAUUUAGCCUACAUACCUACUAGUAGGCCUACAUCAGAAGGUUUUGUUCACCAAUCUCAUUCGUAUGAUGUAAACUCACACUCGCAAUCUUUUUCGACCACAAACACCGUUUCCAGUCUACCCAUACAACCAAAUAGUUUGUAUGCACCAGUUCACACAAGUGCGUACUCAAAUUUUAAUGCAUCUAGUCAAUAUAAUCCACCGAUUUAUAAUCCUCUACAGUCACCUAAUCAAGAAAAUAAUCAGUUUAAUGCUUCGCUAGGUGAUUCUACUUCUGUGUAUCAAUACGCAGGUUAUUCUCAGCUUUCGAGUUCCGAGGGUCAUUUACCUGUAACGUUAAAUUCAGGUGGCCAUCCUACAUCAGAGUAUACCAACACACAAGCAGUUCCUCACUUUUAUGAUGAGCGACGACCUACUCCUAUGUCGCCUCAAAAUCCAACGACAUUCGCGCAUGGACAGAAUGCACUACCUACCACAACGGCUUAUAAUGUGAAUUCACCUGUUAAAUCGCCUAACCUCUAUCCACCACGUGUCAUGAGUGAGGCUCGUCCAGUCUCAAAUGCCGUUGGAUCAUAUGGAAUGACUCCACCAUUACCUCCUGUUUCCAUGAUGAGCAAUAAUAUAACAUACCAAAGUAACCUGCAACCACCUCCUCCAAGACCUGGAAAUAUGCUACAGUCUACCGUACCUCGACAUACAGCUUAUGAACAAUCUGGUGUUUUCCGAGCACCAGGAACUGCGGCAUCUGUAUCUGAUUGGAAUAGUUUGAAAACACCAAUCAACCUUCUUCAAGAACGCUGUCUGUUACCAUCAGAUGGACCUGACCUGCCGCCCAAACCUGCACUGACUACUCCAAUCAAUUGUGAUCAGGACGUGAUGCGCUGUACCUUGACAAAUGUUCCGUCGACUUCAAAACUUUUGACUCAAUGUCGCCUACCUCUUGGUCUUGUUAUGCAUCCGUUUCGAGAUAUGAAUAGUCUGCACACUAUCACUUCAACAACCAUCGUACGUUGCCGAUCCUGUCGUACUUAUAUCAACCCAUUUGUACAGUUUAUGGAUUCCGGUCGACAUUGGAGGUGUAGUGUUUGCUUUCUAGCUAACACUGUCCCAGAUGAAUUUUACUAUGACCCUGGAACACAGACGUAUGGUGAUCCUUCUAGAAGACCCGAAAUUCGUUCUGCGACUGUAGAAUUUAUUGCACCUUCCGAAUAUACAGUUCGUCCUCCUCAACCAGCUACUUACCUUUUUUGUUUCGACGUUAGUCAUAAUGCAAUUGCUACUGGUUAUUUACAGCUUGCCUGCCAACGUUUAGAAUCGUUGAUUGAUCGGAUCCCAGGUGACUGCAGACGUCAAAUAGCCUUCAUAACAUUUAACUCCAAUGUUCACUAUUACAAACUUUGUGGUGAAACUAUGAAAAUGUUAAUUUGCCCUGAUUUGGAAGAAAUAUUUUUACCUGAUGAUGAGGGUUUGAUUAAUAGAAUUGAAGAUUCAGUUGAUGCAGUGCGCGAUUUUCUCUUGCAUUUGCCCGAAAAUUUUAUCGGUACAAAUGACACAGGGAAUUGUCUCGGAUCUGCUUUGCAGGCUGCUCUGAAGCUUAUUGGUGCUGUAGGUGGUCGGAUUACUGUAUUCACUACUUGCCUACCAACAGUUGGUGCAGGUGCCCUCACUAUACGAGAAGAACCAUCCGAUCGUAGUUCAGUCGAUGUGAAGCAUCUGGGUCCAUCAACUGACUUCUAUAAAACAUAUGCUUUGGAGUGUUCACAUAAACAGGUAGGAGUUGAUAUGUUUAUUUUCAAUUCUCAAUACUGUGACAUUGCCACAAUAUCUGCAGCUAGUCGUUAUUCAAGUGGAACAAUUCAUCAUUAUCCAGAGUUUUGUUACACACCAGAUGAAAAUGAACAAAUAUCAAAUAAUCUUAAUGUAGCAUUAAAUAAUCAUAAUCAGCAAAUAAAAAAUUUAUGUGUUGGAGUGGAACAAUUUCGUCUAGAUUUUGAUCGGUAUUUAACCAGGAAAAUUGGCUUCGAAGCUGUCAUGCGUAUUCGAUGUACUUAUGGAUUAGGUAUUCAGACUUUUCAUGGCUCAUGUUUUGUGCGUUCUACGGAUUUAAUUAUGUUGCCUAAUGUGAGCCCUGAUUCUGGUUAUGCCGUUCAAUUAGAUUUGUCUGAAAGCUUAGAAAAGUGUGCUACAGUUUGUUGCCAGGCUGCUGUAUUAUAUACUUCAUCAAAAGGUGACCGUCGCAUUCGUGUACAUACUUUAUGCUUACCAGUGGUGCAUACAGCAACUGAAGUGUUUCAGGGGGCAGAUCAAGGUGCAAUAGCUUGUCUCUUAAGCAAAAUGGCUGUAGAUCGAACAAUAUCUUCCGGUCUUUCAAAUUCUAGAGAAGCUUUAGCCAACGCAGUAGCGGAUGCUUUAUCAGCCUACGCUACCACUUCUGGCAUUACACCUAGUUGUAACUCGGCAGCAUACGGUCUACCUUGUCCACCUAACCUACGGUUACUUCCUUUAUAUAUUUGUGGUUUGCUUCGUUCUAAAGCUUUCAGAGUUGGAGUAGUAACCCGUUUAGAUGACAGAUCAGCUGCUCUAGAGCGAAUUAAAAUGGCUCCUCCUACUGAUUUACUAACACUAAUGUAUCCAAAGUUAUAUGCUGUACAUCGUUUCGUUUCGAAACCGUUAUCUGCACAUGCAACCCUAGCACAAAAAGCCGCUAGUCUUAGUUUGGCUGAUCAUGUUGACGACGAACGUCCUUCUGAUUGUGAUGGAACAUCUUCUCCAAAUGGAAGUGACAGUAAUUCAGAGGCUGAUCAGUUACCAUGUCAAUUACACUUAUCAGCUCAAAAUAUAACACGAUCUGGUGUAUUUUUGUUGGAUACUGGUGAACUUUUAUUACUAUUAGUAGGCUCUGGUGAAGAUGUUUCUCCUGGAUCAAACAACAAUUCAGAAAUUUUACGUCAACUUCUCGGUAUUUCAUCACCGCAUGAACUUCCUGCACAGGGUGGUCCUUUCAAAUUACCACCUAUUAAUUCAUCUAAUGAAAAACAAAAUACAGUUACUAAUGAUGAUAUGUCUAUUCCAAUUGGUCGUCGUAGAUUAUCUGCUCUAAUUAAUCUAAUUCGAAGACGUCGACCAAUUAACAAUGCUUUAGUUCUUAUGCGUCAUGAUGCAUCAUCAUAUCUUAGAUCUCUUUUCUUAUCUUGCAUGAUUGAAGAUAAGACUGAAUCAGCUCCAUCUUAUCAAGAAUUUCUUCAAAUGAUUCAGAAUUUAGUCAGGACGUGAUUUUUAAAGUAUGUUAUUUUACUUCCCUUCCUUUAUAAUGACAAGUGUUAAUGAUGUAAAGAAAAGGAACAAAAUUUUGUUUCUGUGCCUUUAUAGUUAAAUAGUAAUAAUAAUAAUAAUAAUGAUAAAUUUUUUUUACCUCAUGCUUGAAUGUUGUAUUUCUCCUUCUUCUUCUUCUUCUUUUUUUUUCUAUUAUUUCCUCUUUUUUUUAAAAAAAAAUCAUAACGUAAUGUGAAUUUUAUAAAUGAAAUCAAUGCCACUAUGAUCUAUCACAUUAUCAGUUCAGUGAUUUAAAAAAAAAGAAAUUUAUUCAUUACUUUCAAUAGAUCUUGUCUUUUUUUUUCUCCUCUACUUAUUAUUUUAUUUAUAGGUCUCACAAAUAUGAACAAUAAUUCAAAGUUCAACUUGAUUAGUUAUGAUAAAAGAAAGAAAAAUUUUUUUUUUCAAGAUUAAUUUUUAAUCGGUGAAUUAUCUAACUAACUAACUAACUAACUAAUCUAUCUAUUAUCUAAUGUUGAAUUUAAUCAUUCAUUUCUCUUUACCAAUAAACUAUUAUCAAUAUUUUAAGAAAAUAAUCAUCUGGAUACUGUGUUAUCAUUACACUUGAAGAAGUAUCAAAUAGAAUGAUUAUGCCUCUUUAAUAUUUUUUGUUUCUUGAAGUAAUUUUAACUUCCCACAAUUGGGGUUUAACAUUUUUGUUUUAAUUGUUUCUCUUUGAACUUCAUGAAGAUCCAUGUACUAUGUUAUGGUGUGAUAAUUUAAAACAUGUGUUUUGUGAAUAAUUUCAGUCUAUUCUAUUAACUGCGAUAGCGUGCAUACAUAUGUCCGUAAGAUUAUCUAGUAUGAUUAAUAACAAUUCCC